ACGUACGUUUCUGAGCAAACUUCAAUAAAUGCUGCAAAUGUGCUGAAGAACUGUGGUAGAUAGUGCUGGAAAGCCGAAUGUGAACAGGAAUUUGUGAAACUCAUCGUCGUAAAUGAUGCAACAGCUAUGGCUACUCAGUCAAUGCUGCAGGACCGAAUCAGGGUGGCCAAGGAGCUUCUUGUGCGUGUAGACCAGCUGUGCAGUAAACAAACCAGAGAUGUGGAAGGCAGGGCCAAGCUGUGCAGCAAGCUUCGGGCAGAGCUCAAGUUCCUGCAGAAAGUGGAGGCUGGGAAGGUGCAGAUCAAGGAGUCUCAUUUGCAGAGCACAAACCUCACCCACCUGAGAGCCAUUGUCGAGUCGGCUGAGAGCCUAGAAGGGGUGGUGAGCGUACUCCAUGUGUUCGCUCAUGAAGGUCCGGAUGGCCAGAAGCAGACCCUGGUUGUAGAUGUGGUUGCCAACAAUGGACAUACCUGGGUCAAGGCCAUCGGGCGCAAGGCAGAGGCUCUACACAACAUCUGGCAGGGCCGAGGCCAGUACGGGGACAAAAGUGUUGUAUCUCAGGCUGAGGACUUUCUUGAGGCCAGUCGUCAGCAACCAGUGCAGUAUAGCAACCCCCACAUCAUCUUUGCAUUUUAUAAUGGUGUGUCGAGCCCCAUGGCAGACCGGCUCAGGGAAAUGGGCAUCUCUGUGAGGGGAGACAUUGUCGCUGUGAAUAAUAUGAUUGGGGAAGAUGAUGAAGACGGGGAGGAGGAAGAGGAAGAUGGAAGCAGCAGCGGUGGCGAAGAAGAGCAAAGAUUUGAAAAUGAACCUGAGGAAGAGGAGGAGGAGGAGGACGAUGAUGGAGAAGAGGAUGGUGUAGAUGGUGAGCUCAUGCACACUCGUGUGGACAGAGACACCAUUGUAGCCCGCCUGUCCUUCCCCACAGAAGUGAAGGUGGAUGUGUGCAACAAGGCCAACCUGGACAUCACCACGCUCAUCACCUACGUGUCCUCACUAAGCCACGGUCGCUGCAACUUUGCCUUCAAAGAGCACGUGCUGACUGAGCAGGCCACCCAGGAGCGGAAGGACAAGGUUCUGCCCAAGCUUGAGGAGUUCAUGCAAGGCAAGGAGCUCUUUGCCUGUCAGUCCGCUGUGCAGGACUUCCGUGUGAUCCUGGACACACUUGGUGGUCCGGGAGAGAAAGCCAGGGCGGAAGAGUUGCUUGCCCGACUCACGGUGGUGCCUGAUGAGCCCUCGGAGCGCACAAACCGCCUGGCCAUGAGCUCCAAGGUGAACCAUAGGUCGCUCAUGAUUUUCGGAACAGGAGACUCACUACGUUCUGUCACAAUGACCGCCAACAGCGGCUUUGUGAGGGCUGCAGCCAACCAGGGCAUCCGUUAUAGUGUGUUUAUCCACCAACCUCGUGCUCUCACAGAGGGGAAAGAGUGGAGAGCCAUCCCUCUAUGAGAAGAGGGACAAUCUGGAGUUGCCUGAUGAUUGUGGUUAUGGAUUCAAUUAAACACUGCUGGCUGAAAGAAUUACAGAAAAUGUAUGUAAAGUUUGAAGUGGUUGUUUUUGUUUAGGAAUAUGGUCACUUCUGAAAAAAGACCUUAAAUUAAAUAUUAGGCUUGACCGUCUCGGUACAGAGAGUUAGACCGGCACUAUAAUCUGGUUGUCGAGCCUGCAAAUCAAAAGAGCAUCAGAUUUAUAUUUUUCCUGUCAGUUGUAAGUCAUUAUCAUCACUCGCUCAUUGCUUAGAAUGCUUGAUGGCAAUCCUGAUCUCAGUCUGAUCAGAUGUCAGUUGCCAUUUCAUGUACUUCAUUUACCUCUAUAUCUGAUGUUUCUGCUUGUAUGUACUAUAAAAGCAAAUAAACAUCACCCAACAACUCAUGA